UGGGUGUAGGCGGGGUCUGGGAGUUGGCGGAUCAGGAUCUGUGGACGCUGUCAUGGCGGCUGCCGUGUUGCGGGUGAAACGGAAACGCGGUGCUGAGCCGGCCGAGGCGUUCCUCCUCGCCUGCAAGCGUUUGCGAGCUGCCGAUGCGGCCGAUGAGCCUGACUGUGGGCAGCAUGUUGUGCGGACCCUUUUCAAGUUGGCCGCCACCGUUGGCAGUCGGGAUGCUCCUGUGAAAGCAGUACUCUCAAAAGACAAAGCUUUACUGGCCCUUAAACCUUCUGACACCAGUGUUCGGCGUGUCCAGAUGUGUGCACGAGCAUCUCGCAAGGCAGCCAGUGAGAAGAAUCGGUACAAAGUUAUUGCUAGCCAUAGAACAAAAUUUUCAACCGAGUUUUCUGAAUCUCAGUCAGAUGAUGUGAAGUGUGCGCACCAGCCUGGAGCAGAAACCUCUGGAGAUCGGUGUGAACAAAAUGGAGAUAGCUGGGAGGAAGCAUCCUUUCGAUGUAACAAAGACAACGUUGAAUCUGCAGCAGAAAUCCAAGUGUUUGAUAUUGUCCAGCAUGAUGAACAACUUCAUACUUUUCAAGAGGACUCUGAGCAUAAACUUUCUAAGGAUCCUGACCUGGUGCAGGAUGACACUGAGAUUCUGUGUAAUUCUGUAAAAAUGAUCCGAGAGAAGCUUGUGGUGUCAGACUCUGGUCCAGGAACAGAGCAUCGAGAGAAUAUGGAGGAGUAUGUUUAUGACAUAUACUAUACUGACAGCUGCAUUACAGGAGAUGAAAUUCAGGGUAUUCUGUCAGUGAUGCCAUGUUAUGAAGAGAAUGAACUGGUUGUCGAUGAAAUGAUUGCAGAUGAAGCAUAUGAGGAUGAGGAUGAUGAAAAUGAAGAAAAUAAUUGGCGGAAUGAUUACCCAGAUGAGGAUUCAUCUGAAAGUUAUUGGAAUAGUGAAGAUAAUUCAGAGGAGGAAGAUGAUAACCACAGGCAAUGUAUCAACGAUGAUGAAUCUGAUUAAUUUUCAUGCUGGUGACAUUAUAUUUAUCUAUUUAAUGUAUGAACAGUAAAAAGCUACAUUCAACUUAAUGAAAGUAUUACUGAUCCAUUCCAGACUAAAAGACUCUCUUGUCUCAAUAUAUGCUUAUGAAAGCUUCCUGCAUCUAAAAUUGUAAUAAUUUAAGUAGAGAAGUUACAAGUCCAUAUUUCGAGGGUUUUUUUUAGCCUCACAUUGGAAGAUUAAGAAAGUCUUAAGAAACACAAUUUAUCUAUCAGUCUUAAGGUGAGAGAUCGAUAUCCACUUGUUUGCAAUUCUCAACUGGGAUGCAGUUCUGGAGGCAGUCUUGUGAGCAGUGCUAUUGUACCAUGGCCAUCUGCAACUCGUAAGCAUGGAUAGUGAGUCUGAAAAUGCACCAUUUAACCUGAUUCAGUUUCCUUUUAUUUAGCCUAUUUUCUAUCCAUGCUAAUAAAGCACCCCCAUAACAUAAGUUCUUAUUAUAGUAACCUCCUUUAUGGUAGCUUACCAAGUGACUUUUGGAAAUUUAAUGUUACAAUAUCUCCUCAUAACCCUUUAUUCACCCUGCUUGUUUUAUCCUGAAAGAACACUAAUAAAUUUGUUAAAGCGCAAUUUUCAUUU